UUGUGGCCCGCCCGGUCGCGGAAGAACAUGUGCCAUUCCUCGUGGUUCUUCUGGAGGAGCCGGUUGGCUUCCUGGAUCGAGGCGCGGUCCACGGCCGCGUCGCCCAGGAGGCCGACGUGCUCGUCCGACAGGCCGAUCCGCGAGUUCAACGUGACGGUUUCGGUUGCGGUGGAGCCCAUGGUUGGUCGUUGCUGUUUUAGCUUUUGGUUUGGGUUUGACUGGAUGUCGAGUGGUCCUGUUGCUCCUGAUGCGGGCUAUAUACAUGAUCAACCCUAACCGGGACAAUGGAAAUCGGGAAGCGGACUGCGACGCCCGGACCCCGAACCCCCUUGCAAUCCACCCGAACCCAUCACCCCAUAUAUUCGGGGCAUUUAGCACGCCCUGCUGGGUUCGCAAUGAGCGGACCCUGCGUGACACACAUCACCAGAAAUCGCUACGAUGACUGCGACUGCAACAACAGAAACAGAGGGCCUCCCGCCCAGCCGGUAUCUCUGCCUGACCAUCCUGGGCUAUCGCAAGCCCGGCAUGAGCGAGGAGGCCUACCGGCGACAUAUGAUCCAGGUCUCGGCGCCCCUGACAAAAGACCUCAUGGUCAAAUACGGAGUCAAGCGGUGGACGGUGAUCCACAAUCCGACGCAGACGCGCCUCUUGAUGAACCGGAUCUAUGAUCGCCAGAUGGCCAACAUCGCCGACUAUGAUUGCUUCAGUCAGGUGGUGUUCGAGAGCGUGGAGCACUACAAGAAGAUGAAAGAGGAUCCGUACUACAAGGAGCAUCUUUUUGGGGAUCAUGAGCACUUUGCGGAUACGCGACGCAGCCAAAUGACGAUCGGGUGGAUCGAGGAAUGGAUCAAUGAUGGUACCGUGCGAGAGGGAUUGGAGUUUCCCAGUGAUGCCCAGCGGGGAGCGCCGGGGAUUGUGUCGGCAUCGGGCCUGGCCAUGAUGACUGUGUUUCUGGGCGCGUUUAUCUUUCUUUCGAGAUAGCUUGGAUCGAACUACGCCUCGACGAAAGUUUAUGUAUGUGCAGAGAUACCGGAUUUGCAGACUGUGUAG